AUGGCCGGUGAAAUGAAAAAGUUACAUCCAGCCUUUGCUGUCAACAACAUCAAAACCCUUGUACCCAUUCUCCUAGACAUUAAACAGGAUGAAUAUUCUUCAUGGGUCUUCCUUUUUGAACUCCAUCUCCAAGCUCAUAAUCUAGCAUUUCUAAUUGACGGAUCAACAACUCCAACAGAUCUCGAAACCGCUACCGUAAACCAGCUAGAUGCACUCUGUCGCCAGUGGAUGUUCUCUACCAUGGCCAAAGAUCUAAUGCUCACCGUUCUCAAAUCAGGCAAAACUGCGAAAGAAAUCUGGGAUCACCUUAAGAAGCUCUUUUAA